AUGCUGAAAAAUCUUCUUUGUAUUGUAUGUAAAAUAUACUUAAAUGUUGAAUGGUGUCAGCUCCAGCUCUUGGCUUGUCAUGACUUCAGUGCGCGAGCGUCGCUCGGUGGCGUCGCGUCGCGUCGCGUCGCAUCGUCCCCAGGGCCCGCUGGCCGCAGGCCGCAGGUCCAGGCCGACGUCUCGGCUGCUGACAGGUGUUGGCUGGGGAUCCGGACUGCGCCGCCGCGCCCCAACAUGUGGCCCCGCCCAGUGAUCCUUCUAGUGAUUCUGGCCGCAGGGGUCCUUGCGAAUGGUGAGUGCGCUGUGCCCGCUGCGCCGGCCGGGACGCGGCCGCUGUCGGACUGAUUGAUAAGUAGAGUGCACCUCGGUGCACCUGCUGGAAGUAACGACCGACAGGUGCCAGCUCUGCCAGCCAGCGAGCC